AUGCAAGUCACCGCUUUGAUAGGUCUACUUGUUCUGCUUGGCUUUGCUCUCAGCAAUUCUGAUGACAACUCCUUAGACACCUUUCUGCGAGACCUUCCGCCUUCAAGCUUCAACCUCUCUCGGCUGAUCCAUGGCUCUACAAAACUCGAAGAUUUCUCCAACCCUCAGAAGGCAUGGCCCGAAGACGAGGUUCCAACGCCGGCGAACGAGCAACUCUGGUGUAAAUCUGUUGCCAAAGGUACCACACUCCUCGAUGCAAUGUCUUAUUCGGAUGCAGACGCUGGACGAGUGUUUUCACCCCCGCGUCCCUCCGCCCGGAGUCUGUGGUCACUAGAACAUCUGAAACCAUGGGGCUGGAAUAUAUAUCCAAACAAAGGCCCAGAUUGGUGCAAUUGGGAAAGUGACGGUUACUGGGGUUUUGCGAACUUCAUUCGAUCCAAGGGCAUAUCCGAUAAGUGUGUGGCAGACGGGGGCCUAUGGGACGUAUCUAUCGUCAUGCACGCCGAGAUGAGCGACAUUGAACCUGAUGAUCAGAAAUACAAGGGUCCAGACGGAAGGGAGCGCAGAAUAACAGCUGCUGAAUACAACAUCGGGAUCAACGGCAAGCAAGGUGGUGUCAUUGCAUUCAAGCGUUACGGUCCAGCACAAAGAGCGAAGAUCCUUGAGCCACCGGUCCCUGAAGACCAGUUUCCGCCUUUGAAAUCGUCUUCUGACAUAAUCUGGGCUCUCUGGGAGAAGCAUGUCCUCCCAAAUGCUGAACUCAAAGACAAGGGGAACAUCAACUUCUUCAUGUCUCUAAGCAUCGAGAAUAAAGAUACCAACCAGAUUCUGAAGCGCGCCCUGAACCAAGCCAACAGCGAUCUUACAAGAGCGGGGAGAACUUUCGAUAUGAGCACUGAGGAAGGCAGAGCAAUUCUUGGAAGUCCGAACGCUAUUGCUUUCGCGUACUUCCUUAUCCAGCACAAGGCGGAACUAGGAAACAAGAUCAUCGACGCUGUUCAUGCCAUGGAAUGCGAAACAUCACACCAGUCACCCUGUCUCUUCUUUACCGUCAAAAGAUAUGAAGAACAUAGAAAACCACCUGCCCUGGCUCCUAAUGCCCAGCUCGGUCCGGCUGCCGCUAGGGAUACGAAAGGCUUCAUAGCUUUGCACCAAAAGCACAACCUCAUGAGAGUGCAUACGAUGCACAUCGGAUCAGGUCCAGCGCUAAUGAUAUAA